ACUCGUGUCACCACACACUCGCCACACCAACACCCUUGUCGACUCUCUUUCUCACACGAAAAGCAUAUCUCACGACCCUUUCUUCGAAACACCAAAACAUCCUUCUGGAACACAAAAACGCCCCGGUCUGACAGCUCGGUGGAAGAACACUGCGUGACUCCCCACGUGGGCUGCGCGUCCAUUACUCUGACCAACAUCUUCAACGUACCGAACUCGACAUCACUGGAGACAACUCCCUCCUUCACCAUGCGGUCCUCGAUGGGCUUCCGCCGAUACCUCCCCGUCCUACUCCUCGGUGCGCUGCCGGCCAGCGUAUCUGGUGUGGACGUCCUCACAACGAAUGGAUUCUCCCUCUGUUCGACGAGUUCCUCCAUCCAGGUCGACAGACUGGAUGCCACAUACGAUCGUAAUUCAAAAGUCAUCACCUUUGAUGUAGCAGGCAGCAGCACAGAAUCACAGAAAGUUACGCUUCACCUCACAGUCACGGCAUAUGGCAAGCAAGUCUACGAGAGGGACUUUGAUCCCUGUGAUUUGAACAUGGAGCAGAUGUGUCCAGUACCCUCCGGCUCAUUCGCCGCCAAAGGCUCCGAAGCCAUCCCCGACAAAUAUGCCAGCCAAAUACCAUCAAUCGCAUUCAGCGUUCCCGAUCUUGAUGGACUGGUCAAGCUGGAAGUCAAGAGCUCGAGUGGGCAACAAAUCGCAUGCAUUCAGUCAGAGGUGGGAAAUGGCAAGACGUUCAACAUACCAUCGGUGAAAUAUGCGGCAGCAGGAGUGGCUGGCGUUGCACUUGUCUUCACGGGUGCUGCGGCGUUGGCAUCUGGUGGUUCUCCAGGCGCAACAGGUCCUUCACCAUCAUUCGGAGAAGUGUUGGGGUGGUUUCAAGGAAUGGCUAUGAACGGAAUGCUGAGCGUAAAAUACCCCAAGGUCUAUCAGUCAUUUACGACAAAUUUCGGAUUCUCAGCGGGACUGGUCGAAUGGGGAUCGAUGCAGACGGCGAUUGACAAUUUCCGAGCUUCAACAGGAGGUAAUGUGACGGAGAACAACUAUGAAUACCUCAAGAACAACGUCACCUUGGUAUUGAACCAGGAUUCGAACAACAAGACAUCAAAAGCGAAGCGAGCCUUGGAUACCGCACUCCUCUGGGCACGCCAAACGACCGUCAACGUCAACGGACAAUCCACCGCCGUCGACACCGGUCUUCAAGACAGCGGCAACACCGCCAACAACACCGCCACCUCGGACAUGUCCCCCAAAGACAAACAAUUCGUCACAGGCAUCCAAGCCUACGCCGAGCAACUCAGCAUCCCUUCCUCCAACACCUUCAUGACCAUCCUCCUCGUCUGGGCCAUCGUCGUUGCCGCCAUCAUUGUCCUCAUCCUCAUCGGCAAAGUCAUCCUCGAAGCCUGGGCCCAAUGCGGCACCCUGUCCAAAUCCCUCGACUCCUGGCGCAAACGCUACUGGUGGCGCAUGGCCAAAGCCAUCACCAACCUCGUCCUCCUACUCUACGGCAUCUGGACCAUGUGGUGCGUCUACCAAUUCGCCGAUGGCGACUCCUGGGCCGCAAAAGUCCUCGCGGGCGUGACCCUCGCGCUCUUCACCGCCCUCCUCGCGGGUUUCAGUUGGCGGAUCUACGCCAAAGCUCACCAGUACAAGAAACUCGAAGGCGCGCCUAAUGGGUUGUAUGAAGACAAAGAAGUCUGGAUCAAAUACUCCCUCUUCUACGACUCCUACAAGAAAUCCUACUGGUGGCUCUUCGUCCCUGUCAUCCUCUACAUGUUCGCUCGCGGCUGCAUCAUCGCGGGCGCCAACGGCCACGGCAUGGUUCAAGUCGCCGGCCAACUCAUCGUCGAAGCCCUCAUGCUCAUCCUCUUGCUCUGGACCCGUCCAUUCGCCCGGAGGUCCUCCCAAUGGAUCAACAUCACCAUCCAAACCGUACGCGUCCUCUCUGUCGUCUGCAUCCUCAUCUUCGUCGAGGAACUCGGCUUUUCACAAACCACCACGACCGUCACCGGCGUGGUUCUCUUGGUGGUGCAAAGCAUCAUGACCGGCCUCCUCGCCAUCCUGAUCGCCAUCAACGCGAUAAUAGCCUGCAUCAAAGAAAACCCGCACCGCAGAAAACGCAAAGACGCGGAGAAAGCCCGGUUGGAAAAGGAUCUCGAUAACCUCACCCCGCUCAACGCAAGAAACUCCCUCCUCAUGGGUAACAUGUCGCAACGCGGCCACGAGCCGAGUAUCUACAAAGCACCGAUCGUCUCGCCCGCGCCGUUUGGCGAUAAGAGAGGACGAUACGACGCCGUGCCCACGAGGACCAACACGGCGUAUCGCGGGAGAGAAGCAGACGAUGAUGAUGAAAUUUUGAUGAACCGCGCACAGCCGAUGCCGUGGAGGGAUCAUAGUCGGAACGGGAGUCGGGCGAGUUCGGUGCAGUCGAGGGAGCCGAGGUUGCCGGCUUUGUGAGCAAGACGUCGAAGAUUGCGGAAAAAGAAACAUACAGAAUUUUGGUAAUUGGGAAACAGCAUGUAAGCCCGCGCGCGGGAUGAGAUUUGGCAUUGGGCAUUGGACGAGCGAGCAUUGCAUUUUGUACAGGGGCAUUUUCUACGAGGAUUGAGAGGUUGAGACAGAGACUUACCGAGAAAGUGAGAUAGUAUUCGUGUACAGAGCGAUGCCACGGCAGUUCACGC